GGAAUACUGAGUAGUGAGUACUUGUGGUAGUGAGGGAGAAGUAGAAGGUAGUAGCAGAAAUCAACCUGUACCCGAACUGACCUUUGUGUUUUCGUGGAGAUGGCAGGAAUUUUGAAAUUGUCUUCAAUUGUUGCUAAACAUUCAUCAUCAUUAUCUUUGAAAUCACUCAGUCUACCACUUGCUUCUACAAGGAAAAUCCACUUCACUGUAGAUGGCCAGAACCAAGCAAAGCCAGGUGAAAAGAUCUCACGAGACUACCCUGUGAUUGACCACACAUACGAUGCAGUGGUGGUUGGUGCAGGCGGGGCAGGUCUGCGGGCAGCAUUUGGUCUGGUGGCUGAGGGAUUCAAAACUGCUGUCAUCACUAAACUGUUUCCUACUCGCUCACACACAGUGGCUGCUCAGGGAGGCAUCAAUGCAGCCCUGGGCAACAUGGAGGAAGAUAACUGGCAGUGGCACAUGUAUGACACAGUAAAGGGUUCAGAUUGGCUUGGGGACCAGGACGCAAUCCAUUACAUGACUCGGGAAGCACCUAAAGCAGUAAUUGAGCUAGAAAACUAUGGUAUGCCAUUCUCUCGCACAAAUGAUGGGAAGAUCUAUCAGCGAGCUUUUGGUGGCCAGAGUCUCAAGUUUGGUAAAGGAGGACAAGCUCAUCGCUGCUGUUGUGUGGCCGAUCGUACUGGACACUCCCUGUUACACACCCUGUAUGGCCAGUCUCUACGUUAUGACUGCAACUACUUCAUUGAGUAUUUCGCUCUCGACCUGUUGAUGGAAGGAGGGGAGUGUCGUGGUGUCAUCGCACUCUGCUUGGAGGAUGGCUCUAUUCAUCGUUUCCGAGCCAAGAAUACGGUCCUGGCUACAGGUGGCUAUGGCAGGGCCUACUUCUCAUGUACUUCUGCUCACACCUCUACAGGGGAUGGUACUGCCAUGGUGUCCAGAGCUGACCUCUACAAUGAAGAUUUGGAGUUUGUGCAGUUCCACCCUACCGGAAUCUAUGGAGCUGGCUGUCUGAUGACAGAAGGGUGCCGAGGAGAGGGAGGUUAUCUCAUUAACUCUCAGGGUGAGAGGUUCAUGGAGCGUUACGCCCCAGUAGCCAAGGACUUGGCUUCACGUGAUGUCGUGUCUCGGUCCAUGACUAUUGAGAUCAGAGAGGGCAGGGGCUGUGGACCAGACAAGGACCAUGUCUUCUUGCAGCUACACCACUUGCCCCCAGAUCAGCUGGCUACUCGUCUGCCUGGUAUCUCAGAAACUGCCAUGAUCUUUGCUGGAGUGGAUGUCACCCGAGAGCCUAUCCCAGUGCUGCCAACUGUACACUACAACAUGGGUGGUGUGCCCACUAACUACCGUGGACAGGUGUUAACUGUGAAGAACGGCAAAGAUGCUGUAGUGCCCGGACUCUACGCGUGUGGUGAGGCUGGCUGCUCAUCAGUCCAUGGAGCUAACAGACUUGGAGCCAACUCUCUUCUGGACUUGGUAGUCUUUGGCAGAGCUUGCGCCAAGACAAUUGCUGAAGAAAACAAACCUGGAGAGAAAAUUGGUGAACUUAGCACUAAUGCAGGAGAAGCGUCGGUAGCCAACCUGGACUGGAUUAGGUUUGCCAAUGGCUCAGUGUCUACAGCUCAGCUCCGACUCAACAUGCAGAAGACCAUGCAGACACAUGCUGCGGUGUUCCGUACAGCUGAAAGUCUGCAGGAGGGCUGUCGCAAGAUGGACUCUCUAUACAAGUCACUUUCUGACCUCAAGGUGUACGAUAGCAGCAUGGUGUGGAAUACUGACCUGGUGGAGACUCUGGAAUUGCAGAAUCUUAUGAUCAACGCAAUGCAAACUGUGUAUGCAGCUGAGAACAGGAAGGAGUCUCGAGGUGCCCAUGCACGAGAAGACUUCAAGACGAGGAUUGACGAAUACGACUACUCCAAGCCCCUUGAGGGACAAACUCCAAAACCCAUGGAACAGCACUGGAGGAAGCACACUCUCACCAAGGUUGACCCCAAGAAUGGAAAGGUCACAAUCGAGUACAGGCCAGUAAUUGACAAAACUCUGGAUGAUAAAGAGUGUGCUACUGUUCCACCAGCCAUUCGUUCUUAUUAAGAAGUUAUUUUUUAGUUUACGGUGCUCUGUCUAGUAACGUAAUGGUGAUCAACAGUACUUAAUUAUACGUAGGAAACACAACACGUAAGUGAUAUAUGGUUGUCUUAAAUAGCUAAACAUGCUUUAAUUUAUUAGCAAAAUACUUUUAGCGAUUGAAAAUUACACAUUUAACGAUCUCUUAAGAAUGUUAUUGUGCACUUUCAGCAUCACAGUUGUGAUAAAAAAGCUACUUAAAAAUGAAUUUCUCACAAUUCAAGUAGAAAAAAUUAAAUAUAUUAUAAUGUUAGUGUGGUUUAAUAUUUUACAUCCUUUUGUGGAAAUGAAAUAAUUUAAAUGAAGAUGAUGGAAAUAUUAUUGACUAUAAAUACCAAGAUGGUACAGAGGAUGGUUUGUUAAAAACUCAUUUAAAGCAAAUCUGCAAAAAUUUUAUUCACCAAUACUGUUUAUUCGUAUUGUUAACACAGACCAUCCACUAGCAGAUUUCAAUAGACAUAAUGGUUAUUUAUAGUCUUUUUUGUAACUCAUAAGCCAAAUAGUACUAUGUGUACUGAUUCUAGCCUGUAGAAAAUAUUUUUAUUUGUUUUUAAAACCUAUAUACACGUAUAUGUAUAUCGAUUAUGUGUUUGAACAUACAUGUAUGCACACAUGUAUGUAUGUGGACAUUUGCCAGGCUGUACGCUUAAACAAAUUUUCUUCCAACGUAGCACAAAUUUUCCUUUCUGAAUUAUCUUGAAUAAGUUUGUUUAUAGGCUUGGGAGUUUGUUAAUGGAACAGUGGUUUUUGGGAUUGGUUUUCAUUCAUGAAAAAACGUUAAUUAAUAGGCAACCAGAUAUACUCACCUAAACAGAACAUUGGAAGGUAUACAAAGUAUGUCACAAUUUAUAAUAGUAUAGCAUUUAUUUAAACAUUAUAUUUACUAACACAAAUACCAGUAUCACAAUGUGAACAUUUCAAAAUGAGUUGUAAGGAUAUUUUAAAUAAAUUAGCUAACAGAACUAAUAUAAAUGCAUUUUUGAACAUUGUUUCAGUUAUAUUUUGUACUAAGUGAUAAGCUUAAUAAUUGUACUUGAAGCGUAACUUAAACCUAUGUUCACCAAGUGAAUUCAUCUUUUCAAUUGAAAUGCGUGGAUUAUAAUAUUUUAUGAAAAUAUAUAAUUGUUAAUAUGUGUAUAUGUAUCAAAACAGCAAUGUAGGUAGGUGAUUAUUCAAAACAAAAAUAUUAAACUUUUCAAAUUGUAUCAAGAAGACAAUAAAACAACGAGACAAAAUAAUAGUGCUUAUUUCUAACAGUAGAUGGCUGAGAAUUAAGAACAACUAAUGUUCAUUUUAAAAUAGGUUUGAAUUGAUAGGCUGAAAGCCAGGGGUUGUUACUAGUUUAUAGGAAAAUCAGGUGGCUUGCCUUGAAAAUGAUCUUCAAGGUCCGCUGAUUAAAAGAACAUAAAGGUAAACAUAUUUUUCACAGAUUUAGAAAUUUUCGAUUGCACUGCAAUCUUAACUCAACUAGUGGAGAACAUUCUAAUUUUGUAUUGCACAAUAAAAUGCUAUUAUUAUAUAACAUGUUUAAAUAAUUGUUUGAGUGUUUAUUGUGAUUGUAAUUUUACCAGUGCUCCUUUUAGGUGGGGUUUCCUGGUAUUUUAUGGGAUCAGAUCAUAAAACAAGUAUAAACCAUGUACAUUGAGAUAAGAUCAAUACUUGAGACCUUGAAUUCUAUAUGGAUGAGUAAUCUUGAAUUACUAACAACAGAAAGCUUAUUAGCUAUAACUUAGCCAGGGAUUAAGGGUUUGGUAAAAAUUAACAAAUUUUUCCAUUAUCAGUUAUUUAAGAUUCAUAUUCUUAUGAUUGGUUGAAUUCUAACUCAUCUGCAGAGAAUUGUGAAUCUCAUGGCAAUGAGCUUAUUUAAAAAUAUCUGGUUUUCAUUUGAUAUUCAUAAUUUGUUCUCUGCAAUUUAGGGUUGACUCAGAGUACAAUUUACAUGGUUAAGAAAUAUUUCAAAUGUAAUGAAGCUUAUCACUUUUCAGGAAAUAAAACUAAACCAUGUUUAAACAUGCAUUUGAAAAUACAAUUUACUUCAUACUUGGAGUUGGCACAAAAUAAUGAUAUAAAACAUGUCAUUAAUUACAAAAAAUAGCCAAAACGUUCAUUUUUGAAACAAAGAUCUGAUAUGUGUAUUUUGUGGCAGUUUCCCUCUUAUAUCAUUUAAAAUAAAUUUUUCUACAUUUUAUAAAAUAAUUUUAAACUUUUUCCCAUUCAAAAUUGAAUCUCAGGUUUUUAUGUUUGUAAUUGCAUUAUUGUAGUUAUUUAUUUUUUAGUGAUAAACGGUUAAGAAUCAAUAGUCUGGUUUUUUAUUGUGAUUGAUUACUGUAGUAAUAAUCUGUUACGUAAAGGUUAAGGCAUCUAUUCUAUUAGUGAUGUACAUAUAUUUAAUUUGUGUAAAUAAAGUGUAUUAAAACACAA